AUGAAAGAAGGGGACUCACUCUCUUUUGAGAACAACGUUACAGUAACAUGGAAGGGUUACCAAGAGUUCACGUUUCCGUUUGAAACAAAAACAAAAAUAGAGAUUACUAAUCUUGAUGUGUCAAUCGAAAAUCAUUCAUCACAUUCUGUCAAGCAUCACCACUGGGUGGACUGGCCUGACAGAGGCGUUCCACCCGCUGACCUAGCGGCAAUGCACUUGCUCUAUACAUUUCAGGACAUCAAAACUCCGGUUGUAAUUCACUGUUCUGCUGGAAUAGGGAGAACUGGGUCCAUGGUGCUAAUCGAGAUUGCUAUGGAGACUCUUCAAAAAGGUUACGCGCUUGAAGAGAUGCCCAAAUAUCUAGUAGCAGUAAGAAGCCAGCGUAACAAUAGCAUCCAGAACGAACAACAGUAUCUAUUUGUUCAUCAAGUCCUCCUGAACUUCUUACACGUUGCUGGCUGGUUACCCAAAAGUUUGGAACCUCACCUUCAGACGUUCACUGAACAAUACCUUAAAAUGACUAGUGGAUUCUAA